AUGUCAGGAUCAGAAACUUUACCUAAAGUCGUCAUCACUCAAGAAGGUGAUGGUAAGACAUUUGCUCAACCUGGUGAUACCAUUUCAAUCCACUAUGUAGGUACUUUGGAAUCCAAUGGUAGCGAGUUCGACUCAUCAAGAAAACGUGGUAAGCCAUUUUCAUGUACAAUUGGAGUUGGUCAAGUCAUUAAAGGCUGGGACAUUGCUUUGACAAACAAUUUCGGUAAAGGAGGUAUCCCAUCAAUUUCGAAAGGAACCCAAGCUAGAUUGACCAUCCCACCAGAAAUCGGUUACGGCUCUAGAGGAUUUCCCGGUUUGAUUCCCGCAAACUCCACUUUGGUCUUUGAUGUGGAAUUGUUGAAUGUCAAUGGUAAGUAA